UAUAUUUGAAUAAUCAUUAAAAACAAUAUAUUCUAAUAAACAUUAACAACAAUAUAUUCGAAUAAUCAUUAACAACAAUAUAUUUGAAUAAUCAUUAAAAACUAUAUAUUCUAAUAAACAUUAACAACAAUAUAUUGCACUACAUAUUAACAACAAUAUAUUCCAAUAAUCAUUAACAACAUAUUCCAACAAUCACUAACAACAACCCAUUAUAACAUUUCCACAAACACUUAAAAAACCUCAAAGGACAAGAGGUUAAACAGUUACGUCCUUGUCACGAGACGUCCCAAAUAGAGCCGCUUGACCAAUUGCGUGAUUUAUGCGUCGACAGCCAAUUAUUUUAAGAGGUUUUUACCCGAGGGAACGAUUUACGGUAAUAUCGCGUCUCAUCGAUUCCCAGUCGGCCUCUUCUUCCACGGUAUCGUCCUAUCGGGCUCGCUUCUUCCGUCUUUUCUUCCCCGCCCCUGUGUAUCAGCUGAAUGCACGAUUUGUGUCAGGAAUCUGCGGGCUCGUCGAACAGGAAAUUUAUUCUGUCGAAACCGGAGGAAACGAACAACUGUCUGCGACGAGUGGAGAUUGUGUCUUCAUUGGACGGAGAAUAUUUUUAUAUCCAAGGAAGGUUGCUAUAUGGUUUUACUUUUUGAGUCACAUUUUUCGGGUCACCCUGUACAACACCCUAUCGAUCAGUUUACCGUCUAACACCAUUUUAUUCCGGUUUCCACCUUCAAACAGUUCGAGGAUGGGAUCAGCGAGGCAACUUUCUCCGCGUCAUAUCUUGGUAGACUGUGACUCACCGGAGGGAACUUUGUACGUGAGGAUGGAAAUUAUCCGUGUAGCUUGUAGCCUUCCAACUCCACCAACCACAAUCCACCAUACAACCAAAAGGAGACAGCCAUUCUCGUCUGCCAGGAAUUGUUACCAAACGCCAUCUCGUAAAAGGAAACAAUCACUAGUUGAGCGUUUUAUGACCGGUCUAGUGAGCCAACGCAUCAAUCCUAACCUCGUCGCUGCCAGCGUGUACUGGGACGCUCGAAAUGUACGAUCAUUUUCUCGUCACGUAUCGGGAAAGUGGGGCCCAUGAAACGGAUUGAUAUCUGUUUGAUAGGAUAUCGACCGUGCCGCAGAAAUAAGGCUGAGCAUCGCCGGAAAAAGAAGUGUAAGGAGAUUUUCUCUUUGCCCGGCAGAUAAAGGCUGCAGGCGUGUUCGAUUACGAGACGCUCCCUUUUCCACCGUUGUUGUUUCGUGGGUACGUUGUUUUCGCGAUGCCACUUAUUCUGAAAGCGGAAGGAGCAUCCUGCUGGCUUUGUGUAUAGACACUGUUUUUUGCAGUGAUCUCCAUGAGGCUGUAGACAAUAUAGUGCUGUAAAAUAUUAUUUAUAAAAUUAUGUAAAAAUUUGUUUUUGUAUUG